AUGGUCGAGGAUUACUCAAGUUCAAGCAAUGCAAGCUCGACAUUCUUAUCAGAUCGUCUUCUUCGCGAGUUGAAUUUGAUAUUUAAGCAACACGAUAAAGAUAUAUACAUGUAUGAUCUACCUCCGAUUAUAGGCACAUUGGGUGAGGAAUUUGAGAUUUCGAGUCUGAUUCUAGAGGAGUUGUCGAUUCCUAUAUCUGGCGAAGACCUGUUUUCUGUCCAAAAGAUGAAUGAAGACCAGUCUAGGGCCUACGAUACAAUCAUGGUAGCAAUUGAGAGAAAGGAAAGUAAAGUCUUCUCCAUAGAUGGUCUGAGAGAAAAAGCCACAUCGAGAAUUGCUGCUACUAUGCUACAUGGUGGGAGGACAGCACAGUCAAGGUUUCAACUUCCGAUGACACAGACAACAACUUCAACGUGUUGUACAAAGAAGCAAUCUGAGGAAGCUAAACUUUUGAGGCAUGCUGCCGUCUUUAUGUGGGAUGAAGCUACAAUGACGCAUCGCUACUCUUUGGAAUCAUUUGAUCAGAUGAUGAGAGAUAUCACCGGGAUUGCUGAACCAUUUGGUAGAAAUAUUCUAAUCAUGGGAGGUGAUUCUGCCAGGCGGAUAAUUCGAAAUGACAUUGAAUUACAUUAUAUUCUUAAAAGAUCACAUUUGUGGGAAAAUAUACAUGUUUUGCAUCUGAAGAAGAAUAUGGGUGCAGCCGAGGAUGCAUCUUAUUCUCAGUUUUUGAUUCGUGUUGGUGUCGGGAUAAACCUUGCGUUGUUAAUUAGAUGA